AUGGGUUUCUUCUCGUUUCUUGGAAGAGUUCUCUUCGCUUCCCUCUUCAUCCUCUCCGCUUGGCAAAUGUUCAAUGAGUUUGGAGUUGAUGGUGGUCCUGCAGCUAAAGAGUUGGCUCCAAAGCUUCAUCUAGCCAAGUCACAUCUAUCUUCUAGAUUAGGUGUAACUUUGCCAAGCGUUGAGGUAAAACAAGUAGUUGUUGCUAUAGUUGCGUUAAAAGGAGUUGGAGGCUUACUCUUUAUUAUCGGAAACAUCUUCGGUGCUUAUCUUUUGGCUUUCUACUUGGUUGUUGUCAGUCCUAUUCUGUAUGAUUUCUACAACUACGGACCUCAGGAACGUCACUUCUCUCCAUUGUUGACUGAGUUCUUGCAGAGCGUUGCACUCUUUGGAGCAUUACUCUUCUUUAUUGGAAUGAAGAACUCAACACCCCUCAAGAGGAAUCUGAAGAGGACUCCUAAACCGAAAGCUGCUUAGUAUCUUUCUGGAUUUGCCACACGCAAUACCUUCAGUUUUUAUUUUAACAUUUUUGCUCGGACAAAAUUGUUUCUUAGCACUUUGGUUUUCUUUUUGUUGUAUGUUUUCUUAGAUUGGCUCAUGAUAUCAAAUUAUUAUCAUCUUUUAAUUGAUUUGAUAUUGGGAAGUCUUUGCACGAUCUUGGAGUUUCGAUGAUUUGGUAAAACUUGAACAAAGCAGCUAUGGAGAACUAUUUCAAGAUCUUGCAAAUUCAAAUCAACUAAUAA